AUGUCUGAUCAGAUGAUCGAAAAUUUACAGCAUCUCGACUCUCGUCUCUUUGAAAAAAAAAAGAUUAUUGUGCUUAUUCAAAUAAUAUUUGUAUCAAGAGAGAUGAGUGGACUAUUAAACGGAAUCAAACAAUUUAUUCGUACUCCAAAGAAAAAAGAAUUUGAAUUACUUGGUGAUGAAGUUACACAAGAUAUGAUUGACAGUUCUGACUUUAUGGCAUUGAUGGACAAGUUUGAAAGUGCUAAAAAAUCAAUGUCUGAAAGCAGCUGCAAACCAAGAUACAUUUCCUUUAAUCAACGUGUAUUUGACAAGAAUAUUGAUUGGCUGACCCAACGAAUUCAAAAGUAUAAUGUUGCCACCACUUCCAAUAUCGAAUACAAGAGAUCGGGACAUCUUGUCAUUCCCAUGGAAUCGUUUAUGACAUUUUUGCAACCAUUAUUCAACAAAAUAGUAGAUUGCGUCAAGACUCAAAUGCUACAAUGGGAUUGUAUCAAGAAACCAAAUUUCAUCUUUAUGAUUGGUGGUUUCAGUGAAAACUACUUUCUACAAGAAUUGGUAAAGAAAGAGUUUGCAUACACUGGUGCCAAAAUCAUCGUUCCAACCAGACCAUCAUUGUCUGUCGUCAAGGGUGCAUGUAGAUUCGGUCUCCAUCCAUCUGUCAUUACCAAACGUACAUUGCAAAGAACAUAUGCUGUCGAAACGGCAAACAAGUUUAACCCAGAAAAACACGUAGGGAUACCAUAUGUAUAUAAUAUCUGCGAUUCAUUUGUUUGGGCUGGACAGUCGGUUGGCAUUGAUGAAAUAAUAACCCGAACCUACUGGCCAACCAGUGUAACCCAAAAUGCUAUCAGAGUUGCUAUAUUCUCCUCGCUCUUGUCCGAUAUAAAAUACACAACUGACCCAGGAAUUUCCUUUGCCGCCGAAUUAUUAAUUCCACUCCCACCAGGUGACACUAAGGAUGAGAAAUCGGUUAAUGUCUCAAUGAAGUUUGGUGCCACCGAAAUAUUUGUUACCGUCGUUCAAACUAAAACCCUUCAAAAAAUAGAAGCUACAAUAGACUUUACAAUCAAUCGAGAGGAAGCUGACAGAAGAAAUAACUUUCAUUCAAGUUAA